GCCCGCGCCCUAGUCCCGCCGCGCGCUGCGGCUAACGCACACCGGCAACUAUUAUGCCGGCGCUCCAGAGCCGCUCGCCACGCGCCGCGCGCUCGUCGCCACCGCGCCGCGCCGCCCUGACACUGUUGACGACUACGCGCUCUGCUCGUAGCCCGUAACGCACGCGAUUACGCAUUUCACGUCUAAAGACCGGAAUGUAAAUAUUUAUGGAUGUCAGUUUUCAGUUGUUUAGAUUGGCUGUGAAAUUCAAGUGAGUGUAAGCGUGGCGGCGACCGGCUGGCGACGCCGCGGAUGUCGCUGCUGGGCAAGCCGCUUAGCUACCGCGCCACGCGACGCGACGCGCGUUACCGACGCCUUCAAUCCAAAUUCUAUAAUUUCCUUGAACGGCCGAGGGGUGUAAAGGCCGUCCUAUAUCAUAUGAUUGUGUUCUUGAUGGUGUUCAUGUGUUUGUCGCUGUCUGUAUUCUCAACGAUCGAAGAAUACGAAGCGAAGGCUGGAAUCGUCCUUUUCUACAUGGAGACAGUAGUCGUCGUAUGGUUCGCAAUUGAAUUUUUUUUAAGGUUGUGGUCGUCAGGAUGCAGGUCUCGAUAUCAAGGCUCGAUGGGUCGUCUCAAGUUUUUGAGGCGACCUUUUUGUAUAAUAGAUGUUACCACUAUCUUGGCAUCGAUGGUGGUGCUGGGUAUGGGUUCCUCGGGCCAAGUCUUCGCUGCGUCAGCGCUACGAGGAUUACGCUUCUUCCAAAUUCUUCGUAUGGUGCGCAUGGACAGACGUGGGGGUACCUGGAAACUCCUUGGAUCCGUUGUAUACGCACAUAGACAGGAACUAAUAACUACACUUUAUAUAGGCUUCCUGGGACUGAUAUUUGCAUCGUUUUUAGUUUAUUUGGCAGAAAAAGAUGUUGCUGAUACUAAGUUCAAAAAUUUUGCAGAAGCACUCUGGUGGGGCGUCAUCACACUGUGCACGGUGGGGUACGGCGAUAUGGUCCCGCAAACUUGGCAAGGGAAAUUCAUAGCCUCCUUUUGCGCACUUCUCGGAAUAUCGUUCUUCGCUCUCCCUGCUGGUAUUCUAGGUUCAGGUUUUGCUUUAAAAGUACAACAACAGCAAAGACAAAAACACAUGAUUCGAAGACGGCAACCAGCCGCGACGCUCAUCCAGGCUUUAUGGAGAUGCUACGCGGCGGAUGAACAUUCUAUGAGUGUAGCGACUUGGAAAAUCCAUCAAGUGCCACUUCCCAGUCCGCAAACAAGUCGGGUUAUGAGUGCAUCAUUCAAGAACAAUGCUUCCUUUGUGUCGCGGUUGCCGACGAUUCGCCGACACAAGAGUACAUCCCUGCACUCCCCCGCGCCACACUCCAAACCCGCGCAUCGAUACGACGUCAACGCCAGUGCGGAAAACCUUGACGAGGACGAGGAGCCGCGUUGCGUCACGUUGACACCGCGUCACAAAGCUGCCAUUCGAUUUAUUAGAAAGAUGAAGUAUUUUGUCGCCCGACGUAAAUUUAAGGAAGCAUUAAAGCCCUACGACGUUAAGGAUGUUAUCGAACAGUAUUCCGCGGGACACGUCGAUCUGCUGGGGCGAGUGAAAAACGUCCAGACUAGGUUAGACCAAAUUCUUGGCAAGCAAGGCUCAAAGGCUAAAGAUGUCUACGCUUCUAAGAUUAGCUUAGCUUCCAGAGUAGUUAAAAUUGAAAGACAAGUAGAUGACAUAGAGAGUAAGUUGGAUCAUUUAUUAGAAAUGUACGAAGAAGACAGACGAUCUAUACGAGGGAUUCGUAAUGAUUUAAAUGGAGGUGCAGAAAGCGGUACGUCUGGAGAAGUUCAGCUCCGAUUACGCCCAGCAUUGACAGAGAAACAAUAUUCAGAACCGAACUCACCCGUGUCACGUACCUUCGAACAACCCGUUCCAGUCUCAGCGCCGCCGGUUCCGUACAAACGGCCGAUGAAUCGAGGGUACUCUGAUCUAGGAACCAGAUUCAUGAAAAAGAAAGUCAUCGUUAAAACAGCGUCAAGCCGAUGCGAAGAAUCGCCGAAAGACGACGAAGUGGUCAUAGUGGUACCAACGGAUCGAGAGGAUACACCUCCUCGUAUAAUCACCGAUAGUUCAGAGGUAUGUGCAAGCUGUUCGGUAGAAGUAGAGACAGAGGUGGAUGCGGGCGGCUCGGGGAGCUCAGCGUCGCAGUCGUGGUGCGAGGGGGAGGCGGUGGACGAGCGCGGUUACGGUUCCGGCGAUUCACUCGCCGAAGACGCAGCUUUACUGGGCGACGCAGUUCAGCCAGAACACAAUCCGCGCAUUAUUCGGGCCCAGAUUCGAGACGUGGCUGUCGAUCUUCACCUCCUGCGGCCCGAUGUAUGAGGCAAGCGUCAACCAUGGCCUGUUCGAAAUCGAACCGAUUGUGUGUGCUCUGUGUUAAAUUAUUCGCACAGUGUUUAUUCCUGUCACGAUUUUUAAUGAAGCUAGUAAGUCUACCUUUACAUAUGAGGGCAUGAGUCUGGUGCAGUGCGACUGUAAUGAACUUUACAACGAUUUACAUAUAUAAUGUGGUUAAUUUAAGUAAUUGAUUCCACUCGUUUAAGGUAUUGUAUAAAGACCAAAGACUCGAUAUAAAAAAGUUUAAAAUAGUAAAUACGCUUAAAUUGUCCUAUUGCUUAUAAAUAGCUUACAAUACCUGUAGACGGAGGCUUUUAACUUUACAUAAAUCUAAGAUGUAAAUAUAAAAUAACGCGAUAAUACUACAUUUAAAUGAAACGAUUUAGUUUGUUGAAAGUACGCUUGUCGUAACCGAACUUCAAAUAAUAAAUGACGAUAUACCUAACAUUGCUAAGAUUAAAAAAGAUAUAAAACUCUUUUGUAAAAAAUAACUGCAAAAAUACAAAAUUUAUAUUUAAAAUUAAUUUGCCACUUUAAACUCAGUAUGUAAUUCUUAAGCGAUUAUAACGUUAUUAAUCGCUAAGAAACGGUAGUAAGUAUAAAAAAUUGUCAUUUUCAUCAUAAAAUAAGAAAAACUAGAAAGGAAAUUAUUAAAAUCAUUACAACGUUUACAUUUUAUUUAGCUCGAUAACUUAAUACAUUCAUGUUAACAACUGAACUGUGAUACGCUUCUCGAGUUAUUAGUUAUAACGGCACUGAUAAGUAGAAAUAGUAAAUCUGGAAUUGCUUUUAACGUAACAUCUAGCUUUCUUAAAUUUGCUCCGUCUUGCACGUUUAGUUUUCAAGUAUUUUAUAUACGUAUGUGAUUUUAACAUAUUUUUCAAAAAAAAUUUGAUGUUAACAGACGUCGCUCUAAAAGGAUAUUUAUUUGAAAUCAUGUAGAAAUUUGAUACUUAAACACUUCUCUUUGCAAUAAAACUGCAUCAUUGAUUUA